AUGGAAGCACAACUGCCCUCCCUUCACCAUGUCAUAUCUGAGUCCAUAGCUGCAGUGCCUCUUGAUCAUGCUCAUUCUGAUGCCGACAGGAAGAGCAUGAUAUUGCAACACAAAGACCUCAGCAGAGAGAUGGAUGAGCCCAUGGAGGUGGUGUCAGAGAUGGAGGAGAUGAAGGCAGAGCUGGAACAGGUGACGCAGGAGCUGGAGGAAGUGCAACAGAGGCAGAAGGAGCAGCAGCAGCAGCAACUGCAGGAGCAGGAUAGCUGGCAGGUCUGGCAACAGCUGCAGGAAUCCCUGCAGCUGCAGCAGGAGAAGCUGUGGCAGGCACAGGAACAGGAAUGGCAGGAGAAGGAGUUGUGGGGGGAGGAGGACAUCUUCCUGGAGCAAGAGAACUCCCUGGAGCAGGACACCAUCAUGGAUGUCAAGGUGGCUGCCAUUGUGGAGCAGGAGGGACCAGAAUGA